GAUCCAUUUCUUUAAAAUUAAAAUAAGAAACUAUGAAAUUUGCCAGAACAUAGAUUCCAAGAAUAAUUAGUGUCCCAUUUUCAAAACUCCUAUUUAUUUUCAUUUCAAAUUCUUUUUAGUUUUUUCCAUGCAAAUUUUCUCAAAUUUUCAAAAUUUUAUCUUCAAGAGAAUAAGCUGCCCUUGCUCAUGCCCAAUUUAAAAUGAGAAAGGAAAUCAUUUGACAUAGAGGUAGUUGACAAACAGAUGGCUAUUCUCAAACUGUACCCUCAAUUUUUUUGACUUGGUUUCAAAUAUUGGACGAUGGAGAUGUCUGUUCAACAUGAAAAUUCAGAUACCAUUGGUGUAUCAGGAUCAGGAUCUUGCCUUUAUGAUCUCUUAUGUUCUGAAACACCAAGUUUGAGUACUCAAGCUCUAAGAGAACGAUGGAUGUCUUCCGCUUGAAGCAUCAAGUAUUGUGCCGACUGUGGAUCAUUGGAGCCAAAAUGGGUGUCUUCAAGUCAUGGAGUAUUUAUUUGCAUCAAAUGCUCUGGUAUACAUAGAAGCCUAGGUGUCCAUAUAUCAAAGGUUCUAUCACUAAAGCUAGAUGAAUGGACAGAUGAACAAGUUGAUGCAUUGGUGAAGUUCGGUGGAAAUACAGUAAUUAAUAUGAAGUAUGAAGCUUGCCUUCCAAGUAACAUAAAAAAGCCAAAACCAAAUUCAUCCAUUGAGGAGCGCUCUGAUUUUAUUAGGAGAAAAUAUGAGUUUCUACAGUUUUUGGAUAUUGAAGAAAAUUUGUCCUGUCCCUUUGUACCAUCUCAUGCAAGAUGUUCAUCAUAUUCCCAGCGUAGUUCCUCGAGCAACAACUUCCCACAAGACAAAAAACAUUAUGAUAAACAAGAAACUAAAAGUCUUAUUGGGAGCACAUUUCGAAAUAGUUGGGGAAGAAAAGAUUCUGAGCAUAAGAGUUCAAAGAAGAGCAACUCAUUGGCAGGUAUGGUUGAAUUUAUUGGGUUGAUCAAGGUGAAUGUGGUUAAAGGCACUAACCUUGCUAUCCGGGAUGUAAUGACUAGUGACCCUUAUGUCAUCAUAUCUCUAGGUCACCAAUCAGUGAAGACACGUGUCAUAAAAAGUAGUUUAAACCCAGUUUGGAACGAAAGCCUAAUGUUGUCAAUUCCGGAUAACAUUCCUCCUCUUAAAGUGCUUGUGUAUGACAAGGAUAUUUUCUCAACGGAUGAUUUUAUGGGAAAGGCCGAAAUUGACAUUCAACCUCUAGUUUCCGCUGCAAAGGCAUAUGAAAAAUCUUCAAUCAAUGAUUCCUUGCAGCUUGGAAAAUGGGUAGCAAAUGGUGACAACAACACUCUUGUUAAAGAUGGUACCAUCUCCCUUGAAGAUGGGAAGGUCAAGCAUGAUAUCUCAGUGAGACUACAACAUGUUGAGAGAGGAGUGCUAGAGAUUGAACUCGAAUGUGUUCUUCUAACUCAAUAGUUGAGAUAGAUGUUAAGGGUCAGAACUUAACAUAACACAUUCUGGAACAUAACACAUUCUGGAACAUUAUCACUGUAGAUUGUCCUUUCUCAA